UCCCUGUGCUCUGCAGGGAGUGGGACCUGAUGGCCUUUAGGGGUCCCUUCCAACUCCAGUGAUGCCCUUGGCAGAGGAAACUGUCCAAGGAAACAGGAAAGGACGAUGGUACAGGAAAGUGCUGCAGCACUCCUGCAAAAAGGCACCAGUGCUGCAGAACAUGUGCGGAUAAGAAGGCAAGCUUUGCCUUCUGAAUUAAGGUUCGGGAAAUAGCAAUAUGGUCAUAAAUAUUGCUUUUAAAUAACUGCGCUUGCAGGCAUUGAAUCCACUGAAACCUAAGAGGAAGGAGAGGUUCCUCCAUGAGUGAGAUUGGAACCAAAAGCCCCUUCGUCAUCGUGAACAUGCUCAUAGAGCCUGUUGGUUAUCACAAGAACUUAGUUCUUGCCCAUACUCAGGUGAUAGUAGAUUUUUGAGCUCUAUCUUCCCGAUACAUUAAUGUUUGCUUUAAACAAAUCUAAUCCCACUUUAAAAUGCCAUAAGAAAACACAGAAUGUGGCAUUUAUAUCGCAGUAAAAUUUUAUGUGUGUUUGCACAACUACUUGACAGGACAAACAUUGGUGUUUCCUUACGGGAUGCGCUUUGAGGUUUCUUGUGGGGAAAUGGGACCACUCACAGCUCACAGCUGGGAGACAGACACUUCCCCUAUUGCAGAUGCUCCAGAGGCCAAUAAGGAAAAGGAAAUUGUCAAGAUAUACCUGGCAAUUGAGAGAUACCUGUACAAUAGGGGAUUGUAUCUUGCCAUCAGUACACAGCUCCUCAUCCUCUCUGCAGUCACACUGGGGAUCGACUCCCUCUGAAUUUGUUGCUCCAGCACUGUGCAGGUGUGCGAAGCAGAGCCUGUGCUGGUGGGUGAGCUGCCCUAUGGCUAUGGGCAUGGUGUCUUUGGGGAGCAGACUGAGUCCUGGAGAACUCAUUCUGUCAUUUUUCUUAGCUUGGAUUUUGGCAGAGAGAGCAAUUCCAGGCACACUGUGUCCUUCAGAACUCUAAAAGUUUGUUAUCUCCUUCAUGAUCCUCCAUGGGUCAGAGACUCCUGGCUCCUCAGAUGGGACUUCUGUGAGCCUGGCGUGGCUUCAUGGCCACCCCAGUGAUCACAGAUCUGGGUGACUUGUGGUAUUCACAUGGAUCCAUCAAGAACCAUGGAAUGAUGAGCAUGGGAUAAUGUCCCAUCCCUAUCAGAGAUGCUGUUCAACCAUCUCAUCUAUGCAGAAGUGUGUCAUGACAGAAAGUGAUUUUGAAACAUCAUGUAAGAGAUCAUGCAGGUGGGAAAACAUCCCAUUUUUUCAUUCACACAGUAACUUUCUGGAAAUCCUGUCCAUCUCCCUGGUUGCUCUGAUCCAAUGGCUGAGCUGCAAGCUAGUGCCUAGGAACAGCUCUGGAGAUUUCCUGAGGAGAUCUGGACUUCUCCAUGCAAGCAACACAAUUCAGUUCUGCACACUUCUGCCUAAGGAGCAGGAGAUUCUCCUGGCACCAGGUGCUCCCCAGGGUGAUGCUUGGGAUCUGAGAGUGGGACACAGUCUCGUGUUUCAACUGGCCCCUGAUAUGAGGUAGAUGGUUUCCACCAUUGUUUUGGUUCUGCUUCAUGCCUGCUGGACUCCCACUGAGCUACACAACAUAUUCGUUCCAGAAGAAAGCAGGGAUCUCACUGGUGUCACUGCACCCAGCUCCUCGCCACCUUAGCACGGAUCCAGCAGGAGAGACCCUGGUGUGACAGGGGACUGCACUGAGCGGGGCUGCAUCUCCAGCAUGAACACUGCAGAAGUGACAGGAGGAAGCUGAGCAAACAUCUCAGAAAGCAGUUGGUGGUAUGUGCACAGGGAGCCUUGUGUGGCACAUGGGGAAACGAACUGAUGAGCUUUUCUAAGGACUUGCUUGCCACUCUGCAGCUGGACGAUAUUUGCUCUGGUCCUGAUAAAGGCUCUUAUCAGAGCAGAUCAAUCUGCCUGCUGUGGGGAAAUGCCCGUUUGGAUUACAGCCCUGUUACCAGCAGUCAUCUGUGUGCCCCAAGGCGAGCACAGGACCGGCCCUGGGGGCAGCGUCAGCCGCACUCCUCCCCAGCACCUGCAGCUAUAAAUCCUGUGGUUCAAAGCGUGUCUCCAGACACAUCCUGGGCUUCUGAGUGUCCCUGUGGAGGCAGCAUGGGUGAGUGUGAGUGUGAAGAGCAGGGUGGGUUGCUCCCUCAGGACCCACCGCACCAGCUGAGCCCUCCCUUUGCUCCUGUGGAUGGAGGACUGGCUGCCAGGGCAGAAAGACGGCACCAGGUACUUCACACCAGCAGUGGAACUGUGCUCUACACUCACCUUGUCCCUUCUUCCCACAGCUUCCCAAUGUGCUCCCCUCCUGCUGCUUGCCUGUGUGGUGUCCCUGCCUGCCCUGAGUCUCGUUGGUGCUGCCCAAGACCUGACCCUCCUCAGUCGAUCUGUUUCGAAUAGCAGUCCAUCAGCUCUCAGCAUGCUGACAGAUGGUAAGCUCCGGCUGAUGAACGGCUCCAAACCCUGCUCUGGACGGGUGGAGGUGUGGUACCGCAAUGAGUGGGGAACAGUGUGUGACGACAGCUGGGACCUGAAAGAUGCCUCUGUGGUCUGUAGGCAGCUUGGCUGUGGGGAAGCAGUGUUAGCUCCAUCUCAAGCUUUUUUUGGAAGUGGAUCCGGACCUAUUUGGCUGGAUGAUGUUAACUGCAUUGGGAACGAGAGCCUCCUCACUCAGUGCGCGAUGAGGGCCUGGGGACAACACAAUUGCAGGCACAGCGAGGAUGCAGGCGUCGUGUGCUCAGGUUGGCCCAAGGACUGCAGUGAGAUUUCUGCAGGCAGCCCCAGUGGCGUCUACAUCAUCCAGCCCUCAGGGCUCCACCCCAUCGUGGUGUACUGCGAGAUGAACGUGACAGACGGGGGCUGGACGGUCAUCCAGAGGAACCGCUACAACACAGACAUCACCUGGGCCGAGUCCUGGAGCACCUACAAGUACGGCUUUGGGAACGUGCGCGGCGACUACUGGCUGGGCACCGAGUACAUCCACCAGAUCGCCAAGCAGAAGGUCUACCAGGUCAGGUUCGUCAUCCAGGAUGCCUCCAACAACAUCAGGUUCGCAGAGUACAACCUCUUCAGUCUGGACAAUGAGUCCCACGGCUACCGGCUGCGGCUGGGCUCCUACACAGGCACAGCAGGGGAUGCCAUGAGUGCCAGCACCACUCAUGACAACAUGAAAUUCUCUGCUAAAGACUUGGAUCAGGACACUAACAGUGGGAACUGUGCCUCCUCCUACGGGGGUGGGUGGUGGUAUUCGUCCUGUUACUCCGUACGGCUGAAUGUCAAGGGUGCCAUAACAUGGAGCGGUCUGUGCAAUGGCAACUGCAGAGCUUCUGCCAUCCUCAUCAAACCAACUACCUACUGCUAGUGCUUGUCUGUCCAUCCAUACCAGGCACGUUGCCUGGGUUCGCAAGAGAUUUUUUCAUCUCUUUUGCGGAGUUGCUCUGCUUCCCUUGCUGGGUUCUUCCUCUGAGCUGUUAUUAUCUUGAUUGCACUGUAAUCAGAAUAGCACAUUGCCAAACCUGUCCUUCUGAAAACACAUUGCUUUGGAGAAUAAAAUGUACUUUAGAAACACCUUGAUGAUCACUGGGUUUACAUGGGUUUACAUGGGAAGAUUUUGAUAAUGAGGGGGCUGCAGGGGGUCACUGCGAGCAGGUCUGAGGGGGAGCAGGCU